CCGGCGCAGAACACCGAGCUUUUGCACCCCAGCUGGUUCCGGCUGGGGAAAAUGGCGGUGACUGGGGCGUUGUCCCAGGAGCAGCUGGUGGGCUGGUGCACUCAGCAGUUGCGGAAGACUUUCGGGCUGGAUGUCAGUGAGGAGAUCAUACAGUAUGUUUUGUCAAUUGAGAGUGCUGAAGAGUUACGAGAAUAUGUUACUGACCUUCUUCAGGGAAAUGAGGGCAGAAAAGGUCAAUUCAUAGAAGAGCUUGUAACUAAAUGGCAAAAGAAUGAUCAGGAGCUGAUUUCUGAUGCUCUGCAGCAGUCCUUCAAAAAAGAUGAAAUUUUAGAUGGGCAGAGGUCAGGAGACCAGCUAAAGAGGAGUAGGCGGAAAGGGAGAAACAGACAGGAAGUUCCUGCAUUUACUGAACCUGAUACAACCAUAGAGGUCAAAACACCUUUUGAUUUGGCCAAGGCACAAGAGAACAGCAGCUCCUUAAAGAAGAAGACGAAGUUUGUCAGUUUAUAUACAAAAGAGGGACAGGACAAGCUUGCAGUCCUGAUUCCUGGUCGCCACACUUGUGAUUGCCUGGGCCAGAAGCACAAGCUGAUCAAUAACUGUCUGAUCUGUGGGCGUAUUGUCUGUGAACAAGAGGGUUCCGGCCCCUGCUUAUUCUGUGGUACUCUGGUAUGUACUCGUGAAGAACAGGAUAUUUUACAGCGUGACUCAAACAAGAGCCAGAAACUGCUGAAGAAGCUCAUGUCAGGGACAGAGAAUUCUGGAAAAGUGGACAUCUCUACCAAGGACCUUCUUCGUCAUCAAGAAUUGCGAUUUAAAUCUGGUCUGGAGAAAGCUAUCAAGCAUAAAGACAAACUGUUAGAGUUUGACAGAACUAGCAUUCGAAGGACCCAUGUCAUUGAUGAUGAGUCAGAUUACUUUGCCAGUGAUUCUAACCAGUGGUUGUCCAAAAUUGAACGGGAAGCCCUACAGAAGCGAGAGGAGGAGCUGAGAGAAUUUCGACAUGCCUCUCGGCUCUCGAAGAAGAUCACCAUUGACUUUGCAGGCAGGAAGAUCAUGGAAGAUGAAAAUCCUCUAACUGAGUAUCACAGCAAACUAGAUGAGGCAAUACAUGCCCUUGCCAAUGGAACCUUGAACCAACCACCGACCAAAUUGGAUAGAUCUUCUGAAGAGCCUUUAGGACUUCUGGUGAAUCCCAACCUGUACCAGUCGCCUCCCCAGUGGAUAGAUCAGACGGGUGCAGCCUCACAGAAGAAGUCUUUCCAUUCAGCAGGAUCAGGACUAGAGUUCAGUUCAUGUCGGCAUCAGUUUCGAAUCCAGGACCAAGAAUUUCAGGAAGGCUUUGAUGGUGGCUGGUGCCUCUCUAUGCAUCAGCCUUGGGCUUCUCUGCUUGUCAGAGGGAUUAAAAGGGUGGAGGGCAGAAGCUGGUACACCCCACAUAGAGGACGACUUUGGAUAGCAGCCACAGCCAAAAGACCCUCUCCUCAAGAAGUUUCAGAACUCCAGACUACAUAUCUUCUCCUUCGUGGGAAAGAUGUGGAAUUUCCCAAUGACUAUCCAUCAGGUUGUCUUCUGGGCUGUGUGGACCUAACUGACUGCUUGUCCCAGAAGCAAUUUAAGAAUCAGUAUCCAGACAUGAGUCAAGAAUCUGAUUCUCCAUUUGUUUUCAUCUGCACAAAUCCCCAGGAAAUGAUUGUGAAGUUUCCUAUUAAAGGAAGUCCAAAAAUCUGGAAACUGGAUUCCAAGAUCCAUCAAGGAGCAAAGAAGGGGUUAAUGAAGCAGAAUAAAGCUGUCUGACCCAGGAAAAAAGGAACUAUACAGCAUAGUGGAGUUUUGUGUACUAAAAUUGCUAUCCACUGGUCCUUUGGAAUUGAAGCAGUAGACAUCUAAAGGCUUGGCAUCAGGCUUGAACCUCUCAGAAUUUAAACUCAUCAAAAUCUGUAUAUUUUUCUUAAAGAGUGGGAUUCUUACUUUAUGUAGUGGGUCAAAAAUCUUUGGAUACAUUAUUUAUAAAGACUUAUUUUAAAAAUUCUA